AUGGUUGCGAAGGAAGGAGCGGAGUUCUGCGGCCAGCACAUGCAAGAUAAUUUGAGGCGGAAGUGCGUGUAUUGCAAGAGUAUGAUUGAAGACUCGCGCAUGGCAAAACACAUGAAAAAGUGCAACAUCUACACUCAAAGUCUCGUCAAACCAAAAUACUACAACGAAAAAGUCAACCUCGACAAGACCAAACUAACAGAGGAAGAUUUGAAACAUGCGAAUAUGAAGCUGACUGAUUUUGAAGUCGAAGAUGUCAAGAAAAUCGUUGAGCUCUUGAAAGACGGAAAAGUCGAAAAUUUUUCGAGAAGGGAAAACUUUCAACCGAGCUUUUUCAAAAAUCUGGAGGAGGAAAUCGAAGCGAAUAAAGGUAAUGCGAAAGUUCUCAAGCAUCUGAUGCAGCAAAGUUCAUUAUUGGAGAUUAUGGAUAAAGAGGGUCUUCUUACUAAUGGAAAUUGCUUCAUUGAGCUUGGAGCAGGGACAGGAGGAUUGUCAGAGAAAGUGGCUGAAGCACUAGAUAAGUCAAAAUUCAUCAUCGUUGAUCGAGGAAGCUUCAGGAAGAAAAAAGAAAACGCAUUUCUCAAUGACGGGCGGAAUGCUUUUGAACGAGUGAAGGGAGAUAUCGCUGACUUUGAUCCAAAGCUCCUUCCCAAAUCUUCAGACGAAAAUUCUCAAAGUCUUACUAUCUCCAUCGCAAAACAUCUCUGCGGCUCGGCCACCGAUUUGGCGAUUGAGUGCGCCACGAGGAUUGAAAAUUUCGGCGGUAUUCUUGUUGCAAGCUGCUGUCAUCAUAAAUGUGCUUGGCAGAGUUUUUCCUCACGCGAGUUGCUUCACGAAAAUUUUAAAUCUUCAAAGAGAUUCCGCUUGCUGACUCUUCUGAGUUCCUGGUUCACCUGUGGGUUUCAGAAAAGCGAUGAUACUUCUGAAAAAGACAAGUAUGGACUGACAGUUGACGAGAAAAUCGAAGUUGGAGCCUUGGCAAAAGCUGUUAUUGAUAAUGCGAGGAGGGAUUAUUUGUUGAAAACGUUUCCUCAUCUGACUGCGAAAACUCUUCAGUACUGUAGCCUUGAGACAAGUUUGGAAAGUUCUGCUAUCGUUCUCUCUUAA